CAGUGUAGCUGUUCCUGAGCCCUCUCAAGCGGAACCAAAUUAGGAAUACUAAUUAACUAAGCGGCCCAGCCCAGUGUGGAAUCCUGUAUAAAUACUUAAAUAGGGCCUGGUUGCCUGCUUGGUAGAUACACAAGUUUGCAAGGAGCAAAAGGAACUGGAUCUGCACUACAGCUCUCCGUAUAAAAAUGGCACGGCAAGAUGGUGCUACCUCUGUGCUUGCAGCCAUGCUGGUCGUCGUCGGGGUCUUUGCAUCCAUCACUGGGGUUCAAUCCAUCGGCGUGUGCUACGGGGUUCGCGACGAGAACGUGCCCCGCAUCGCCUCCUCCGCCUCCGUCGCCGCUGACUGGGUCAAGCUCAACGUCCAGCGCUACCCCGGCGUCGCCUUCCGCUACAUCGCAGUCGGCAACGAGAUCACCGGCUCCGCAACGCAGAACAUCGUGCCGGCCAUGAGGAACCUCAACGCGGCGCUCUCGGCAGCCAGGCUGAGCGGCAUCAAGGUGUCCACGGCGGUCAGGAUGGACGUGCUCGCAGCCUCCUCGCCUCCCUCAACAGGCGCCAUCAGGGACGCCUACAUGACGCAGGUCGUCAAGAUCCUGGCCAGCACGGGGGCGCCAUUGCUGGCCAACGUGUACCCUUACUUCGCCUACACGGGCACCAAGGGCAUCGAUCUCAACUACGCGCUCUUCAAGCCCAGCUCCUCCACGGUGCGCGACAACGGGCUUACUUACACCAACCUCUUCGACGCCAUGGUCGACGCUCUGUACGCGGCCGUGGAGAAGGCCGGUGGGUCGAGCGUGCCCAUCGUGAUCUCCGAGACCGGGUGGCCGUCGGCCGGGGGCGCCGCCGCCACCGUCGCUAACGCGCAAGCGUACAACCAGAACCUCAUCAACCAUGUCCGUGGGGGAACGCCUAAGAGACCUGGGGCAAUCGAUGCCUACUUGUUCGCUAUCUUCAACGAGAACCGGAAGACAGGAGCCGAGACUGAGAAGCACUUUGGGCUGUUUAACCCGGACAAGUCGCCCGUGUAUCCAAUCAAAUUCUGA